AUGAAGGCUCAAUACUCUACUCAGUCUCGCAUUACAGUAGCCAAUCCUGUCGUUGAACUCGAUGGCGAUGAAAUGACUCGAGUCAUUUGGGCCGACAUUAAGUACAAACUCAUUUUACCAUAUGUCGAUUUGGAUAUAAAAUAUUUCGACUUGGGCAUGGAACACCGUGAUAAAACGGAUGAUAAUGUUACUGUGGAAGCUGCUGAGGCUAUAAAGAAAUAUAACGUGGGCAUUAAAUGUGCAACCAUCACACCAGAUGAGGCUCGCGUCAAAGAAUUCAAUCUCAAGCAAAUGUGGAAAUCUCCCAACGGCACUAUUCGUAACAUUUUGAAUGGUACUGUCUUCCGUGAACCCAUCAUUUUGAAUAACAUUCCACGUAUUGUACCUGGUUGGACAGAGCCUAUUGUAAUUGGACGUCAUGCCUUUGGUGAUCAGUAUCGCUCUACUGAUUUUGUUACUAACCAGGCGGGAAAAUUUGAAAUGGUUUUUACUCCUAAAGAUGGCUCUGAAGCUCAGAAAUGGACAGUUUUCGACUUUCCAGAGAAUGGUGGUGUCGGUAUGGCCAUGUAUAAUACUAAUGAUUCUAUUGAAGGAUUCGCCCACAGCUGUUUCCAAAUGGCUCUUACCAAAAAAAUGCCUCUUUAUCUAAGCACAAAGAACACAAUUUUGAAGAAAUAUGAUGGAAGAUUUAAAGAUAUUUUCCAACAAAUUUACGAAGCCACCUAUCAGAAAGAUUUUGAAGAGAAGGGCUUGUGGUAUGAGCAUCGAUUGAUUGAUGACAUGGUAGCUCAAGCCCUUAAAUCAAAAGGUGGAUUCGUAUGGGCAUGUAAGAAUUAUGACGGUGAUGUUCAAUCAGAUAUCGUAGCUCAAGGCUAUGGCUCUUUGGGGCUGAUGACUUCUGUUUUAAUCACCCCUGAUGGUAAAACAAUGGAAGCAGAAGCAGCUCAUGGUACAGUCACUAGACAUUAUCGUGAAUAUCAAAAGGGUAAUCCCACAUCUACAAACCCUAUCGCAUCUAUUUUCGCUUGGACUAGAGGCUUAGGUCAUCGUGCAGCUCUUGACGAUAACAAACAGUUGAAGAAGUUUUCCUCUGAUCUUGAAAGGGCUUGCAUUGAUGCUGUUCAGAGGGAUAACGUAAUGACGAAAGAUCUAGCAUUAGCUAUUCAUGGCAGAAAUCUAAAGCCUGAGCAUUAUGUUACUACUGGUGACUACAUGAAGCGCGUUAAAGAAAACCUUGAACAAUUGAGAUCUGCUUAA